CUCCACCAAUGGCGAAGCAAAAAUACAGCAUGCUGUUUAGUGCCAGAUAUGCUCUGUUUCUCUUGUUUUUAUUCAUCAGUGACGCAUGUUCUGUGUAUAUACUUGAGUUCAUGUUCGUUUAAUGCAGCGGGAGAAGAGCGUCAGUGAUGGAUGCGGUGGUGGGACGUCUACAGCAAGUCGUGGAGUUACUGGCUGUAUCUCAAUUGGACUGUGUGAAUGAAUGGGAUCACCAGACCAUGCUCAGGGCGUUCGAGUGGGCUCAGUACUGCGAGCAGGUACACGCUCGAUCCCACGCGAAUCCUGCGCUCAGAUCCGCUCUGGAGUCCCGCCUGCAUGACACCAACCAACGGCUACGGGAAACAUUACCCUCGUAUUCUCCAGUCAUGUUUUCCGAACUUGCACAAUGUCAACACAAGCUGCUCGUUAAUUUACUCAGAAAUCCCUCUUCGCCCUCCUCUAUAAUCAAUAUAUUUUCCCUCGAUCGCAAAACUGCAGAGCAGUGGUUGGAUAUGGACCAGACUCCCGUUAUCACGGGUAAAUCCGCUUUAAAAAUGUUGUGUUGCAGUUCGGACCGGUCUAGUUAUUCUGGUUUACAGGUUGAAACGGAGGUAAGAGGCAAACUACUCAAAACGCAUCUGAAAUCAAUACUGACUCAGCAUGGUAAUGAAAAUUCUGCGAGAAUACUGCUGGAUUCAAUCCUACAUGAUAGCGCAGGGAAAACGGAAAACCUGUAUGACGUCAUGGCGGCUGCGCUGCUCGCCAGUGAUGACGACACGAACAAUUUAUCUCGCGAUGUCAUCCUCGACUGGCUUCAAAGCCACGACGGAUGUUUGAGUAAACUCUGCAGAUCGUUGUCUCCCAGACUUUGCUGCAUCCUAUCGAGAGAGUCUGUGACAUUUCAACGGGCUUACUGUGACGUUUUGAAACGGUGGGCGAACAGCCUGGAGUAUGACGUCAUGCAGAGCGCUUGGGUACCGACGUGUUCUAUAACGUCAGAUGAGACUGUGACAUUUAAUGUGCUAUUUGAUCGAUUUAGGGCUUUACUAAAUUCAGGGUCGCCAGUCAAAGAGGAGACAGAGACGAAGCUCGCAGAACUGAAAGUGGAAAGUGGGGACUUUAAUGUUAAAGGGAUUAGUGUUUGGACAGAUCUCAUCCUUCAGUUAAAGGUGUAAUGUGGACCACGUGUGAUGGGAUCAACAGAAAUAUGUCUUGUUUCAAAUUUGUCAUGCUUUAAAAUGUGUCAUUUUUGAGACUGAAAGUGCACUUAUGUAUUGUUGUUUUUUUGCCAAAUGAUUCUGGUCAUAUUUUCUUUCAUUAUUAUGAAUUGUUUUUAAUAAAUUUUUACUGUCUUGA